ACCGUCACGUGCUUGACGCACGCUGAAUGUCGCUCCGUCACGUACUUGACGCACGCUGAAUGUUCGGACCAGAGGCAGAGACCGGGUUGAGGAUGCUGCUCACACCAGCUCAGAGGAGCUGCCUCAGCGGGGUUGUCUACCAGCCAGAGGCGGUGUAAAAUGCACCGAAGCGGACCGGGUGUUCUGCUCGGCCAGGCAGAGCUCGGCUGCAGCUCCUCGUCGUUGCUCCGCUUUUUAUUAUUGUAGUUUUUUUUUUUAAUCAGUUAUUAUUUCCAGGUCAGAGUCACUGUUUCCUGUGCGGCUCGUUUGCACUAAAAAUGGCCGGAGAUGGCGGCGCUCUGAAGGAUAUCAAUGAGAUUAAAUCCCAGUUCCGGACCAGAGAGGGCUUCUACAAACUGCUCACCCUCUCGGACUCGCAGCAGCGGGGCGGGCUGCCGCGGGGCCCGUCCGCCGGAGCCACGCUGGGGCCCGGGGCAGGAGCCGGACCGAUCCCCGGCGGAGGGGUCGGGCUGCUGCAGGGGCCCGCCGCCGCCGCUGCCGCCGCCGCAGCUGCUGCAGCCUCAUCCUCCUCCAAUGCCGCAACCAACUCGUCUCCGGCGGGCUUCCUGCCGCCGGUCCGGGUCUCCAUGGUGAAGCUGCAGCCCGAAGACCCAAGCGAGGAGUCGGAGCGGGUGUGCUUCAACAUCGGCAGGGAGCUUUAUUUCUACACGUACACCAACAUCAAGAAGGCCGUGGACCUCAGCAAACCCAUCGACAAGCGGAUCUAUAAGGGAACUCAGCCGACGUGUCACGACUUCAACCAGUACUCGGCCACGGCGGAGAGCGUGGCGCUGAUCGUGGGCUUCUCGGCCGGUCAGGUCCAGUAUCUGGACCCCAUCAAGAAGGAAACCAGUAAGCUCUUCAAUGAGGAGAGGUUGAUAGACAAAUCCAAGGUGACGUGUCUGAAAUGGCUUCCAAAGUCAGAGAACCUGUUCCUGGCCUCCCACGCCAGCGGCCAUCUUUACCUGUACAACGUGGACCACCCGUGCGGCACCACGGCGCCGCAGUACUCGCUGCUGCGGCAGGGCGAGGGCUUCGCCGUCUACGCCUGCAAGAGCAAGACCCCCCGCAACCCGCUGCUGCGGUGGGCCGUGGGGGAGGGGGGCCUCAACGAGUUCGCCUUCUCCCCGGACGGCGUGCACGUGGCGUGCGUGGGCCAGGACGGCUGCCUGCGCGUCUUCCACUUUGACUCCAUGGAGCUGCAGGGCGUGAUGAAGAGCUACUUCGGCGGGCUGCUCUGCGUGUCCUGGAGCCCCGACGGGAAGUACCUGGCCACGGGAGGCGAGGACGACCUGGUCACCGUCUGGUCCUUCGCCGAGAGCCGCGUGGUGGCGAGGGGCCACGGCCACAGGUCCUGGGUCAACGUGGUGGCGUUCGACCCGUUCACCACCUCGCUGGAGGACGAGGAGCCCAUGGAGCUCAGCGGCAGCGAGGAGGACCUCCACCAGGGGGCGCACAACAACUCCACGCGCUUUGGGCGGGUUCGAACCAGCAGCACGCUGUCCCGGCUGUCCCGCCACAGCUCCAGAGGCGGCGGCUCGCCGUCCGUCACGUACCGCUUCGGCUCGGUGGGGCAGGACACGCAGUUCUGCCUCUGGGACCUGACGGACGACGUGCUGUACCCCCGCCUGCCGCUGUCCCGAGCCUUCACCAACACCUUCGGGCCGUCCCUGCCCAGCUCCGGCAGCGGGGGGGUGAACGGCGGCGGGGGCGGGGUCGAGGGACACCAUCACCCGCCGAGCGCCAACGCCGCCGCCUCCAACCCGCCCGUGCUCCCCCUGCCCCUCCCUCGCUCGCUCUCCCGCUCCAACUCCCUACCCCACCCCGCCGUGGCAAACGCCUCCAAGGCUCAGGGCGCCUCUGAGGGCGGGGGAGGGGGUGGCGGAGGCGGCGGGAGCGGCGGCGGGGGGAACAGCACGCCGUUUAGCAUCGGCCGCUUCGCCACGCUCUCCCUCCAGGAGCGCAAGUCGGACAAAUCCAGCGGCGGCGGCGUGGAGAAGGAGCACAAGCGCUACCACAGCCUGGGCAACAUCAGCAAGAGCAACGACAAGAUCAACGUGGCGCCGAGGAGCAACCGGCUGGACGGCGCCAAGGUCCUGGGCACCACGCUGUGCCCCCGCAUGCACGAGGUGCCGCUGCUGGAGCCGCUCGUCUGCAAGAAGAUCGCCCACGAGAGGCUGACCGUGCUGGUGUUCAUGGACGACUGCAUCAUCACCGCCUGCCAGGAGGGGCUCAUCUGCACCUGGGCCCGGCCCGGGAAGGCGAACCUGACAGCACAGAACGGGAACUCUCCGAGCGGCACGGUGGUAUAGCUGCAGGAGACGCUUUUGCACUCCUCCUCCUCCUCCUCCUCCUCUGUUCUUCAUCACCUUCACUGCUCAGCGCCACCACUUCCACAGGUUCUACUGGGGCCAACAACCGGAGACCCCUCCCUGCCGCCGCAGUAUUAACCCCUCAGUGUUUCUGUGCGCUCGCCAAAACUAAAAGGUGGAAAACUCGUCCUGAAACCUCAAACCACUCUAAACUAAUUAUAACUAAUUAGUUAUAACUAGUAUAACUAAAACACAUUAUAACUAAUUAUAACUAAUUAAAACACUUAAAUAAAACCUUUUAUUAGAGGUCAAAAACUCCAUCAUUCCUGUUUUAUGGCAAAAACAAAGUUCAAGUUUUAUGCAAGUGCAGCAGAAAUGAGCAGUCAGCAUCUUAUCUGCAGCAGAUAACAGAGUGAUCAGUGUGAACAAUCGGGGAGAAAUUCACAAGAAAAAAGUCAGGAACUAUUAAAAAGUGUAUUUACAUCAUUUAAAAUGUUCCUUAAGUUUUGAAUGAAAGCUUAAUCAACCGUCCUGUUGCCAUCGGGUCAGAACCACUCACAAGGACUCGAGUUUUCUGGGUCGUUUUGACCCAAAAACAGCAUGAAAGUGAACAAGUCCGUAACCACCUGUGUGUUCGUUAAUAAAACUCCAGAAAAUAAUCUAAGGAUGAUUGUUUUUGGGUAAACCAAAUUCAAGAUGGCCGCCACAGCUAAUCAACAUUAGCCAACACAAACUAAAAAUGUCUUUGAAUCAGUCAGUUUUCUAGAUAUUCAGCUAAAAGUUGUUGUGGUAGUAGCUGAGAGUCAUCCCUAACACAUACUCGAUUCAUAAUCAAGCAAGAACUUUCUUAAAAACUUUAGUUCACGUCGAUGAGCGGUUAGCAUUGUUUUGAGGAAUGUCUGUUUUUAUUUGUGGUGAUGUAAAAUCAGCUGUUCGCUUCACACCUCACUGACGAUUUCUCCCCGAGACCAAACUAAAAUUAACUCCUGUCUGCUGCAGGUAAGAUACUGACCGCUCCACUUAACCUAAUCUGUUGAUCAAAUAUUCUGUCGUCUUAAAUUUCCUACAGGAAUCAUUUUGGUUUGUUUUAACGGAUCUUGAAGUUCAGGUUUUUGUAUUUUCAGGACCAGUUUUCCACCUUGUGAAUCAUGGGAACAACG